CGACCGGAUCCGAAACUGGGCGUUGCUGUGGUGUGGCGCCGGCGGAGGUCACCGGGGCGCGCGCGUCACGGGAGUCGUUUCUCUUCCGAAUCUUCAGCUCUCGAGGGUCCACCCCGGGACGGGCUUUCCGACGCCUCUCUCCCGCUCUCGGCCCUCACGGACUCGCCUCAGCCCCGCGCCCGCCCUGAGAGGGAGGCAGGAUGGAGUUCAAGCUGGAGGCUCAUCGCAUCGUCAGCAUCUCCCUGGGCAAGAUCUACAACUCGCGGGUCCAGCGUGGCGGCAUCAAGCUCCACAAGAACCUGCUGGUGUCCCUGGUGCUGCGCAGCGCCCGCCAGGUCUACCUGAGUGACCCGUGCCCCGGCCUCUACCUGGCGGGUCCCGCCGGGCCUCCGGCCGCGGCGCCGCCGCCACCGCCCGGGGAGCCGGCGGCCGGGCCACCCGCCGGCUGGGAGCCGCCCCCGCCGGCCCACCGCGCCGCCUGGCCGGAGCCCGAGCCGCGGCCGGAGCGCCCCGCCGGCCCAGACGCGCCGCGGGCGAGUGACGCGGAGCCCGCGGCCGCGACGACGGGCGCCGGGGACGCUCUCCGCGGCGGAGAGGCGGAGGGGGCGGAAGCCGCCUGGCGCCGCGUGGAGGGAGCGCGCGAGGCGGCGGCCGGAGGAGCGGGGCCCCCGGCCCGGGGCGCGGACGCCCCCCCGGAGGGGCCCGGGACGGCGCGUCGCCGCUGCGGCUGCCCCCCGGGCGCGGAGCACAGGCCCGGGGCACCGAGCGGCCCCCGCGUGGACUGCCGCUGCAAGCCGCGGCCCGCCGAGGACGCGCCCUGCGCGCCGCCCGCCGUGUGCCCCAGGAAGCGCGGCGCGGCGGGGGUGGGCGGAGGCCCCGCGGGCUGCCCGGCGCCCGGCGCGACCCCGCUGAAGAAGCCGCGCCGGAACUUGGAGGAGCUGCCGGGCGGGGCGGCGGCGGCGGCGGAGGAGGAGGAGAUGGAGACCGGUAACGUGGCCAACCUCAUUAGCAUCUUCGGUUCCAGCUUCUCCGGACUCUUGCGGAAAAGCCCCGGGGGCGGCCGCGAGGAAGCCGAGGCCGAGGAGAGCGGCCCGGAAGCCGCCGAGCCGGGGCAGAUCUGCUGCGAUAAGCCGGUGCUGAGAGACAUGAACCCGUGGAGCACAGCCAUUGUGGCCUUCUGAGCCCCCGCGUGCCCGUGGGAAGGAGGUUGAGCGGCGGGCGUCCCCGACGGGAGGG